UCUCUCUUUUCUCUGUUCUUUGACUUCAAAAACCCGUUGUUAAUUAGUAUAUAUUCUCGCUGUUGAAAAGCACAAGUCUUAUUCUCAAGUUAUAUAGAAGAAACAAAACCAGCCUCAUCCAUUCAUCAUAUAGAAAAGAAACUAACAACUCUAGCAAAGUCUCAAUCCUUCAUCUGUUCAUCAUCAUCUAAACUCAAACUAACAGAGAAACCACAUAAGUUUAAGAGAGAAAGGGAGAUAUGGGGAGAGCACCUUGUUGUGACAAAGCAAAUGUGAAGAAAGGGCCAUGGUCACCAGAAGAAGAUACAAAGUUGAAAGAGUAUAUAGAGAAGUAUGGUACUGGUGGGAAUUGGAUUGCUUUACCACAAAAAGCUGGCUUGAAGAGAUGUGGAAAGAGUUGUAGAUUAAGAUGGCUUAACUAUCUGAGACCUAAUUUAAAACAUGGAGAAUUCUCUGAUGCUGAAGAUAGAAUCAUUUGCAACCUCUUUGCCACUAUUGGAAGCAGGUGGUCAAUAAUUGCUGCACAGUUACCUGGAAGAACUGAUAAUGAUAUCAAGAACUACUGGAAUACCAAACUCAAGAAGAAAAUCAUGGGAGCAGUUACUACUACUAAUAACCCAUCGCUAGUAACUCAUAGAUCAAAACCACCUAACCCUAAUAAUUUUCUAUCUUCUGCUCUUCAUCAAACACCUACAACACCUAUGUCAUCAUCAAUAUUUCAUGGAGGUAACAACUGUUUUUAUGACUCCACUACUCAAACUAGAUCAUUUAUGGAUCUACUAGAUGAGUCCAUUAAUCCAAGAUCAAAUCCUAUGAACAAUAUUAAUCACACCACUAGUACUUCUGUUGUUCAAUCAAAUUAUCAUUGUCAAGAUCAGGGUUUAAUGGGUACCAUUCACAAUAAUCUACUUAUGUUUGGGACUAGUGGUACUAAUGAGCAACUCAGUUGUAGUUCUUCUGAUGGAAGUUGCAGCAAUCAUAUCAGCUAUGGAAAUAAUAAAGAGUAUGAAAAUGGUAAUAAUCAUGUCAAUGUUACCACUAGUAGAAGUAUUGGUACUGCUAAAAAUGGUGAAAUGAUGAUGGAAAAUUAUUACUACACUGGAGGAGAAUCUGUAGAAGAAGAAAACCAAAAGUUCAUUUUUGGUAAUGAUCAUCAUGGGUUUAAUGGAUGGAGUACUAGUACUACUACUCAUCAUCAGAAGCAAAAUGGGUUAAUAUGGGAAGAUAAUCAUGAAUUAGGGUUUGGGUCUGAACAAAUGAAGCAACUUAUUGUCAGUAAUAAUAACAAUAGUAGUGUCUUUAGCAGUGAUGAAAACAAGACACAAGGUAAAGUCAUGUACUUCUGACUGAUUUCUGAUGAGAUAUACUGACUGUAACUAAAAUCAAGAGAUUUCGAAAGUAAUGGGUGUAUGGGUAUGAAAGAUAUAUCAUUGACUGAUCAGAGUUGUAAUGAUUCAAACAGAUUUAAGAUCAGAGAAAGAAAAGAGUUUUUUUGAUAAUUUUUUUGUUGUGUGUUUUUAUGACUCUUUUGACAGUACGUUUUAAUACUUAUU